AGUUGUUUGAGGUCUUCUGUGUGUGAAGAUGGUUUGAGGAAAUACUUUGGUCAGGAUUUUUCCACUGAAAAGACCUAUGGAACAGCAAAAAGGGUCAGCAAUAUGGGUCGGCUUGACGGGAAGAUAAUACUACUGUCCGCAGCAGCACAGGGGAUUGGACGGGCAACUGCUAUUGCUUUUGCUAAAGAAGGAGCCAAAGUUAUUGCUACAGACAUCAAUAAGUCCAAGCUGCAAGAACUGGAGGAAUAUCCAGGAAUUCAAAUACGGAUUCUGGAUGUUACCAAGAGGGAACAGAUAGAAAAUCUGGCCAAGGAGAUAGAAAAGAUUGAUGUCCUCUGUAACAUUGCAGGGUUUGUUCAUCAUGGAACCAUUCUGGAGUGUGAGGAGCGAGACUGGAAUUUUACUAUGAACCUCAAUGUUCGCAGCAUGUAUCUAAUGAUCAAGACAUUUCUUCCAAAGAUGAUUAAGCAGAAAUCGGGAAACAUUAUAAAUAUGUCUUCUGUGGCAUCCAGCAUUAAAGGAGUUGUGAACAGAUGUGUAUACAGUACUUCUAAGGCAGCAGUUAUUGGUCUAACAAAGUCUGUGGCUGCUGACUUCAUCGAACAUGGCAUCAGAUGCAACUGCGUAUGUCCUGGAACUGUUGACACACCAUCUCUACAGGAAAGAAUUAAAGCCAGGCCUAACCCAGAACAGGCAUUGAAAUACUUUCUAGACAGACAGAAGAUUGGUAGGAUUGCUACUGCUGAAGAAGUGGCCCAUCUGUUUGUGUACUUGGCCUCUGAUGAAUCUGCCUACAUGACCGGCAAUGAACUAAUCAUUGAUGGAGGGUGGAGCUUGUGAUCGAGUCUGUCUGCAAAUGGAAAUUCAUGCUAUGAAAGGCAAAAAAUGGAGAGGAUCAUGUUUCUCAGUUAAGAUAGUUUGCAGAGAUUUAAGUCACUAACAUGUCUUUCAAAACAAAUUUAGUGCAUUUUUAACACUUUGUAAUCUUUUUCUAAAUUUAUCUUGCUGAUAUGCUUUUCCCUAAGUUGUGAAACAUUGGACUAAAAUAUACUUAAUGUGACUUCCUUCAUAAGAAAGUGUUUAACCUUUAAGAUACCAGUGUUCCCAGAAUAUUAUUUAAUAUACACAAUCUGAGUCUUGUUUUAAGCAAAUCUAAAUGAAAGGAAUUAAAUAUUACCUUUAUUCCCAGCCCCUGAAGUAUAUGCAAGUUAAGCAUUCACAAUUAGAUUUCCUAGUAAUGUUGACAGACUAUCCAGGGAAAGUAGAAAGAGACUACUUUUAAAUCAGCUGAACUGAUCUUGAGCUAAGUGCAGUUUAAACAACAGAAGAAAUCAGAAAAAAUAGCAAAUUUGAAAACUUCAAAGUUCAAAUCAUUUUGUUGGCGGUAAUAGCUGUCCUGGGUUAGAAAACAUUAAUUCUUGCAACCUGUGCUUGAAAGCACUUUGAUUUCCAAAUUAUUAAGCAUGUUCUUUCUCCUCUCUACUAUUAUUAGCAAAAUGUUCUAGAAUUGUAAUAACUGUAGAAAAAGUCUGUGUGUUGAAUUGUCGGAAAGAAUAUCUGUCCCAAAUCUGAAAACACUUACAGAUCCUGAAUGGGAAGUGCUGGACAGUCAGGUGUGCUGUGGACAUGGUGUAUGGGCACAUCAGACUUUCUGCACAUACAGUAUAAAGUCAAUCUGUACAUGUUCAGCUGCAUUGUGCAUCUGCAGUAUCUGGUUUUCAGUUACCCAGUGAGGUUAGGUUGCUGGAAUCUGGAAAGAUGGGAGAUUGUAAAUUAAAAGAUAGGGCAACAGAUUACUGUUAGGAACAGUAGGACUGGCCAUUUUUUGUCUAAGCACCCAAAGCUUAUAGACUGUUUUCAUGAAGCAGAAAUAAUGGAGAUGACUAAUUAAGACUAAAAUUUGCAGCAUGUAGAGAGCAUGGAGAACCUCAUGUACUUUCGCAAUCAGCUUGAAAAAAGGAAUACUUUUACUAGUACCAAAGAGGCUCUCCUAGGAAAGAGAGCGCCCAGAACUUAUCAUUAAUGGUAAAGACAACUCCUAAAAUGGUCUUGAAAGUAUCACUACCGUGUCUUUUUUUUUCAUGUACAGAAAAGCACUAUGCAAGGGCAUUACUGAAGCAGGCAUGUGGGAGUAGUAUUCUUGCAUUUACAGGAUGGAUCUUCAGGAACACUUUCUAUUUCCAGCAUACAAGCGAAAACAGUAGAUUUUACAGCUCUAGAUAGAGCAAACAUAUAUUCCUCGCCAGAAGGAUGUGCUAAUACUGAACAAAUAUUGUCAAAUCUAUAGGCUGGGUGCCAGGAUUAGGCCUUCUAUUGCUUUAUUGUCAAAUACCAAUGCAAUUCAUGCUAAAACACAAGACUAAGUUUCUCAGAAAAAUGACUUUUUACCCAAUAGUUUAUGGGAAAAGUGUGGUUUGAUGUCAUCUUUGUGGCAGCACAUUGGAGUGUUGAUUUUUGAAUCAGAAGCCUGUUGUGGUAAAGGCUCAUUUUCUGAACAAAACAUGGUUCCUGACCCAAAGAUCUUAAGGCAAUGAACAAGCUGAAUUUCCACACCAUUUGUUAUACUAACGUACUGUUAAAAUUGACGUGAAUGAUAUGGGAUCAGUGCCUAUAAAUAUGAUUACAUUAAAAAAUUGCACGUAGCUCCAGUGA